UGAGCAGAGGAAUGAGUCUGGUUUGAGGUCUGUUAGCCGGCUCUUUUCGAGGUUCCGGCAGUUGGGCUGAGGGGAACUUGUGCCGGGGCCUGGGAAGUCUCUACUUCGGAACAAAAUCCAGAAUCCCAGCCCCAGGAAUGGCACUCCGGCCAUAUCAGUGGGAGGUGAUCCUUCCUGCCCUGGAGGGCAAGAACAUCAUCGUGUGGCUACCCACGGGCGCGGGGAAGACCAGAGCUGCUGCUUAUGUGGCCAAGAGGCACUUGGACAUGGUGGAUGGGGCUAAAGUGGCCGUACUGGUCAACAAGGUGUACCUGGUGACCCAGCAUAAGGAAGAAUUCAGUCAGAUGCUGGGCCCCAAGUGGAAUAUUGUCACAAUGAGUGGGGACAGCGGGCCCCGAGCUGGCUUUGGGCAUAUGACCCACAGCAAUGACCUUGUGAUCUGCACAGCUGAGCUGCUUCGCCUGGCCCUGAUCAGUACUGAGGAAGAGGAGCAUGUGGAACUCAGUGCCUUCUCCCUCCUGAUAGUAGAUGAAUGUCACCAUACUCAAAAGGACUCUGUCUACAAUGUCAUUUUGAGCCACUACCUGGAAAGAAAACUUCAGGGGGACAGGAACCUGCCCCAAGUGCUAGGCCUCACAGCUUCGCCUGGAACUGGGGGAGCCUCUACUCUGGAGGGAGCCAAAAAACACAUCCUACAGCUCUGUGCCAACCUGGACACCUGUCAAAUCGUGUCACCCCAGAACUACCGUGAGCAGCUAGAGCAGCAGAGUCCUCAGCCCUCCAAGCGUUAUGACCUGAGCCAAGAGCGGAACCCGGACCCAUUUGGAGACCUGCUGAAGAAGCUCAUGGGUGAAAUCCAAGACAGACUCGAGAUGCCAGAGCUGAGCCGGGACUUUGGGAGCCAGAGAUAUGAGCAGCAGGUGGUGGAGCUGAGCAACGAAGCUGCGGAGCAGGGUCACCUCCAGAAGAGGGUGUUUGCCUUGCAUCUGCGGCAGUACAAUGAUGCGCUGCUCAUCCAUGGCACUGUCCGGGCAGUGGACGCCCUGACCUCACUGGGGAGCUUCUAUGCUGAGGAGCACAUAAGGAAGGUCAGGAUCCUCCCUGUCGAAGGCUGGCUGCUGCGGCUGUUUGAUGAGCACCAGGAGGCACUAACUUUACUGGCAAGUGAUACCCACUUUGAAAACCCAAAGCUGGGAGACCUGGAGCAGAUUCUGCAGGAGCAGUUCAGUACCCCGGAGCCUUCCCGUGGCAUCAUAUUUACCCGGACCCGACAGAGUGCUCACGCUCUCCUUCUCUGGCUCCAGGAGCGGCCCAGACUCCAGCAGCUGGGCAUCAAGGCCCAAGUGCUAACUGGGGCUGGCCACAGCAGCCAGACCACCCACAUGACCCAGAGAGAGCAACAGGAAGUGAUCCAGAGAUUCCGGGCUGGUACCCUGAACCUACUGGUGGCCACCAGUGUGGCUGAGGAAGGGCUGGACAUCCCUCACUGUAACGUGAUAGUGCGCUAUAGCCUUCUAACUAAUGAAAUUUCAAUGAUUCAGGCACGGGGCAGAGCCCGGGCAAACCAGAGUGUGUACUCAUUUGUGGCGGGCCACGGGAGUCGGGAGUUACGUCGGGAACAGACCAACGAGGCAUUGGAGGCCUUGAUGAAACAGGCAGUGACUGCAAUACAGAGAAUGGAAGAAACCAAGUACAAAGCUGAGAUCCUGAUCCUGCAGCUGGAGGCUGUGAGCCAGCGCAAGGCCCAGGCCGCUUUGAAGAUGGACCAGAGGACAGAGUUCCAAGCAGACACAGUGAAGCUUCUUUGUACCAACUGUGCUGAGCCCGUGGGCUAUGGCAGUGACCUGCGGAAGGUGGAGGGCACACACCAUGUCAAUGUGAACCCCAAUUUCAUCUUCUACUACAAGACUUCCCCCAAACCUGUGACCAUUGACCGAACUUUCAAGGACUGGAAACCCGGAGGUUCCAUCAGCUGCAGGAAAUGUGGAGAGGCAUGGGGUCUGGAGAUGAUCUAUAAGUCAGUAAAACUGCCUGCCCUGAAAAUUCGGAGCCUGCUAUUAGAGACUCCUCAAGGGCGACGGAAGGUGAAGCAGUGGUCCAAGGUGCCCUUCCAGGUGGCUGACUUGGACUACCUCCGGGACUGUGACUCCCAGCUGACCACAUAAAUAACCAGCUGAAGGUGGCCCCAGCUCACCAACCAUUGUCCAGUGGUCCAUUGACUUACCUCCUGCCUACUUGAGAGGGUGGGGACUAGAGGGAGACACAAGACCUGCAACAGUGUUAUCUGUGUAUCUGAACAGCCCUCAUUUAUCAGCACAAGCCCUUCUCUCCCUUCUUUUGUUGUAAAUAAACAACUGUUUUUUCAUUGC